AUGUUCGCUCGUCGUGUUUGCGGGAGCGCCGCGGCCACCGCUGCGUGCCUGGUGCGCCGCGCGUCGGACAAGGUGCAGGGCGACGUGAUCGGCGUUGAUCUCGGCACGACGUACAGCUGCGUUGCGACGAUGGACGGCGACAAGCCGCGUGUGCUGGAGAACACGGAGGGCUUCCGCACGACGCCGUCCGUUGUUGCGUUCAAGGGCAGCGAGAAGCUUGUGGGGCUUGCUGCGAAGCGCCAGGCCAUCACGAACCCGCAGUCGACGUUCUACGCGGUGAAGCGGCUGAUCGGGCGCCGCUUCGAGGACGAGCACAUCCAGGCGGACAUCAAGAACGUGCCGUACAAGAUCAUACGCGCUGCGAACGGCGACGCGUGGGUGCAGGACGGGAACGGGAAGCAGUACUCGCCGUCGCAGAUCGGUGCGUUUGUGCUGGAGAAGAUGAAGGAGACGGCGGAGAACUUCGUGGGGCACAAGGUGAGCAACGCGGUGGUGACGUGCCCCGCGUACUUCAACGACGCGCAGCGCCAGGCGACGAAGGACGCGGGUACGAUUGCGGGACUUAAUGUUCUUCGGGUUAUUAACGAACCUACUGCCGCUGCUAUGGCGUAUGGUAUGGGGAAGACGAAGGACACGCUGAUCGCGGUGUACGACCUCGGCGGCGGCACGUUCGAUAUCUCCGUGCUGGAGAUCGCCGGUGGCGUGUUCGCGGUGAAGGCGACGAACGGCGACACGCACCUUGGCGGCGAGGACUUCGAUCUUGCGCUGUCGGACUACAUCCUGGAGGAGUUCCGCAAGACGAGCGGGAUCGACCUGAGCAAGGAGCGCAUGGCGCUGCAGCGCGUGCGUGAGGCCGCGGAGAAGGCGAAGUGCGAGCUGUCGUCUGCGAUGGAGACGGAGAUCAACCUGCCGUUCAUUACCACCAACGGUCCUGAUGGUCCGGCGCACGUUGAAAUGAAGAUUUCGCGUGCAAAGUUCGAGUCGAUCGUGGAGAAGCUGAUCAAACGUUCUUUGGGGUCGUGCAAACAGGUGAUACGUGAUGCAGACGUGGAGUUGGAGGAGAUCAGUGACGUGGUGCUUGUGGGCGGGAUGACACGCAUGCCUCUUGUGGUCGAGGAGGUGAAGAAGUUCUUCGGCCGCGAGCCGUUCCGCGGCGUGAACCCCGACGAGGCGGUGGCGGUCGGCGCUGCGACGCUGGGCGGCGUGCUGCGCGGCGACGUGAAGGGCCUGAUUCUGGUCGAUGUGACCCCGCUGUCGCUCGGCACCAGCGUUGUUGGCGAUGUUUUUGUGGCUAUUAUCCCGAAGAACACGACGAUCCCCUGCAAGAAGAGUCAUACAUUCACUACCGUGGAUGACGGGCAGACGAGUAUCACCUUCCAGGUCUACCAGGGUGAGCGCGAGGUGGCAUCGAAGAACCAGCUGAUGGGGCAGUUCGAUCUCACGGGGAUUCCCUACGCCCCCCGCAGUGUGCCCAAGAUAGAGGUGACGUUCGACAUCGACGCGAACGGCAUCUGCCACGUGACGGCGCAGGACAAGGCAACGGGUCGAAAACAGGGAAUUGUGGUGACAGCCAACGGUGGGUUGAGUGAGAGCGAGAUUGAGCGCAUGGUGCGUGAAGCGGAGGCGCACGCGGAGUCGGACCGCGCCAAGCGGCAGCUUUCGGAGGCACGUAACAACGCCCAUCAGCAGAUGUCAAUCGCCGAUAAGCAGCUUGGCGAGUGGAAGUACGUGGAUGCGGCACAGAAAGACACGAUCAAGAAGCUCUCGAGCGAAAUGAAAAAGGUGCUGUCAAACGCAAGUGCAUCAAUGGAGGAUGUGAAGACGGCGUGCGACGCGCUGCAAAAGGCUGUGAUGGAGGGCGGUCGCACAGAGUACGAGCAGGCUGCCGCUGCAAACAAAUCAAACAAUUGA